AUGAAGUCAACAGAUACAAAAACAAAUUGUUCUACUAGUAUCUCUACUAUUACUAACAGGAAUAGUAAUAAUGUUAUACUAAAUAAUACCCCGAAUACAAAAUCAACAGCUGAAAAAGAAGCUACAAACAACCCUCCUACAUCUCAAAUCUCAAGGUCAACACCAACAGUAACAACUAUUACAUCAAAGCGACUAAAACUUCCACCUGUUGAAGUAUUUCGUCGUUUAGUGGCACUUUCCGAUGGACGAGACAAAACCCUGAAAAUAAUCCAAUAUACUGCAAAACUUUAUCUUUGGGCUUUUCUUUCCCCCUCCUCUGUGUUCUUCAAACAUCGGAUAUCUAAUCCUACUUCCUUCCUAAAACCUCGACUUUCCGCUUUAGCUUCCAAUUUUUCUACUACUCGAAAAAUUCUACGUCUUGCCCAUUUCAUCGAACCAUAUAACGAACUUCGAGAUUAUAUAACUGGCGCUUAUACAUAUCCCGCGGAUAAAAUUGAAAAAUUAAUAUACUAUAUAGGCUUUUUAAAUUCAAUGAUUGGAUUGUUGAAUGAUUUUUUUGAUGAUCUUUAUUGUUUGGGAAAAAUUGGCGUGCUAAGUAAAGGAAUUGAGAAACGCGCAGAACCAAUUGCUAUUAGAUUUUGGUUUUUCACAAUUCUGCUUGACGUAAAUGAUUGUUUGUUGAAAAUUUGGCUGCUGAAUACAAAGAUGAGGAAAGUUAAAGAUAAAUGUAGUAAAGAAGAAUGGAAUAAGUUGGAGGAAAAAAAGUAUUGGUUAAAAUAUAAUUUGAUGAAAUUUCUUGCGGAUCUUGGAUUUUGUGGAUACGAUUUCUUUGGAUUUACAUUUUCAGAUGGCUGGCAAGCAAUCACUGGUUUGGUUGCUGGUAUUUUAA